ACUUUCUCUGCGCUAUUCUUACAUUUCCGUUUAACCUCUCGUUAUUGCAUUUGACGUUCACUUGAUCAAUGGGAAGCUAUAUCCUUAUGUGUGAUUUUGUACGCACAAAUCGAAGGCUUGCAGUUGAUUUUACUAAAGCUUCUGUUAGCUCAAAACCUGUGCAAUAUUAUAACUCAUCCAGCAAAUAAUACCCUCUAGGUUUAUCUCACUGUUUUGCUUGAGGAUCUACCCUGGAUGAUGUACAUUUCAUGUCCUUGUGGGAUUUCGUGUUAUCUCUUUGUGAAUAUAUUGAGUCUGUUUCUAUUUUAUGUUAUUAUCUUUAUGUGAGUUAAUGUACAUAUCGUUUGCUUAGAUUGGUCUUUCUGUUCCUCUUCGGUUUCUAUAAAGCCAAUUUGCAGAGCAAGAGCGUCGAAAAUGGCGAAAUUUGCAUUGAAGGUUGGCAAUAUCAAUAAAAAUAGCAAUUCUCCGUGCCUAUCAAAUUUCUCAUUUUCAUUUUGAUUAUGGCCUCGAACAAAUUGCUAAAUUUUUAUUUAUUUAUUUAAUCUCUACUUUCCAUCUUGGAAGUGGGAAAAAUGUAUACUCCACUUUGUGUUGUGAUUAUUUCCGAUUUAUUUUAUCCGUGUAUUUGGAAUUGUUAGUUGAUAAUGUAUAGAUCAGAAUGAAUAAAAUAUUUACUGUGGAUUUUGACUUUUUUUGUUCUAGUUUACGUUCAAGUGUAAGUAUCAGUUCUGAAUAUGUGUUGUGAUGUUAAUAAAAAAUGUGGAUGCAUUUUUGUGUUUCUUUUCUUGAUCUUACCAAGCCAAUUUGCAGAGCAAGGGCGUUGAAAAUGGCGUGAUUUGCAUUGAAGGUUGGCAAUAUAAAUGGCAAUUCUCCGUGCCUAUCAUAUUGCUUAAUUUCAUUUUGAUUAUGGCCUCGAACAAGUUGCUACAAUUUUUUCUGCUGCACAUUUUCUUCAAUUCCUUUUUAUUUGAAGAAGAAUAAAAGAGAGACAUAGACUUUAAUUGGUGAUUGAAAAUGUCAAAUCCAAAGGUUUUCUUUGAUAUUCUUAUUGGCGAGAUGAAAGCUGGUCGCAUUGUUAUGGAGCUCUUUGCUGAUAGCACCCCAAAAACUGCUGAAAAUUUCCGUGCUCUCUGUACUGGGGAAAAAGGGAUUGGAAGAUCUGGAAACCCACUACACUACAAGGGCUCUACUUUCCACCGAAUAAUCCCCAACUUCAUGUGCCAGGGUGGGGAUUUCACAAGAGGGAAUGGUACUGGAGGAGAAUCAAUCUAUGGAAUGAAGUUUGCAGAUGAAAACUUCAAGGUAAAGCAUACAGGGCCUGGUGUUCUUUCAAUGGCAAAUGCUGGUCCAAACACCAAUGGUUCCCAAUUUUUUAUUUGUACUGAGAAGACCUCAUGGCUUGAUGGAAAACAUGUUGUAUUUGGUAAAGUUGUUGAUGGCUACAGUGUGGUUAAGGAGAUGGAGGAGGUAGGUUCAGAAAGUGGAAGGACUAGAAAAACUGUUGUCAUUGAAGAUUGUGGUCAGAUAACAGAGAAUUGAUAAGACAAGGUUUGAAAUACAAGUCAGUAAUUAGCCAUUGAAGUUCUUGAAGUUGAAUGUGCCUGCCCAAGGUUUGGGAUUUUAUUGCGGCCGUUUACUGAGGAAUGCUACAUUGUAGACGAUAGAUAUAUGUUUCUUCUUAGGAAGAACUUGUAGAGUGGAUAUUACAUUUGCAGAGGGUUGAGGUCAAAUUUCAGAUAAAUCUAUGAAUGCUUUGUCAUUUAUUUCACUUGCAUUUUGAGGUCGGCCUGAACUUUUCUACCGAAUUGUCAAAGGGCAGUGAUCCUUCUGGAGUAUAUAUGGGAAAAUAGAUUUGUAAUGAGGUGUUUUUGUUCUUUCUGAAAUCGAAAAGGCCAUGUAUUUUCAAUUCA